GUGGCGGCCACAGCGGCAGGAGCCGGCGCUUGAGCUCGAGCCACGGCACUGGCGGAGACGCCGGCUAUUCCUCCCCUCCCCGCAGCUUGUCCUAAAAGGAUUCCUGUACACCUUAGAAGUGCUUGAGGAAGAGUGAUAAAGAUAGGCAUGAAGCCUCCGUCUCACAGCUGCAUGUGUAGUUACUGUUGAAGCAAAUGCCUACCUAAUUUGACAGUCUUGGUGUGUUAUAAAGUUUUUGAGUUUGCAAAUAAGCAUAUUAAAUCUACUGAUGGAGCCUUCUGGUACUGAACAGUUAUAUGAGGACCCUGAUCCUGGAGGCAAAUCCCAAGAUGCAGAGGCCAGAAAGCAGACAGAAUCAGAACAAAAGUUGUCUAAAAUGACCCACAAUGCUUUGGAGAACAUUAAUGUGAUUGGCCAAGGCUUGAAGCAUCUCUUCCAGCACCAGCGCAGGAGGUCAUCAGUGUCUCCACACGAUGUGCAACAAAUUCAGGCAGAUCCAGAACCUGAAAUGGAUCUGGAAAGCCAGAACGCAUGUGCUGAGAUUGAUGGUGUCCCCACCCACCCCACAGCUCUGAAUCGUGUCCUGCAGCAGAUCCGAGUGCCACCCAAGAUGAAGAGGGGGACGAGCUUACAUAGUAGGCGGGGCAAACCAGAGGCCCCAAAGGGAAGUCCCCAAAUCAACAGGAAAUCUGGCCAAGAGAUGGCAACUGUUAUGCAGUCAGGCCAACCCAGGUCUUCAUCCACAACUGAUGCUCCAACCAGUUCUGCUAUGAUGGAAAUAGCUUGUGCUGCUGCUGCUGCAUGUCUGCCAGGGGAUGAGGCAACUGCAGAGCGGAUCGAGCGGUUGGAAGUAAGCAGCCUCGCCCAGACUUCCAGUGCAGUGGCCUCCAGCACCGAUGGCAGCAUCCACACAGACUCUGUGGAUGGAACACCAGACCCUCAGCGCACAAAGGCUGCGAUUGCUCACCUGCAGCAGAAAAUCCUGAAGCUCACAGAACAGAUCAAGAUUGCACAAACAGCCAGGGACGACAAUGUUGCUGAGUACUUGAAGCUUUCCAACAGUGCAGACAAGCAGCAGGCUGCCCGCAUCAAGCAGGUCUUUGAGAAGAAGAACCAGAAGUCUGCCCAAACCAUCCUCCAGCUACAAAAGAAGCUUGAGCACUACCACAGAAAGCUCCGAGAGGUGGAGCAGAAUGGGAUUCCCCGGCAGCCGAAGGAUGUCUUCAGGGACAUGCACCAGGGUCUGAAGGAUGUGGGAGCAAAGGUGACUGGCUUCAGUGAAGGUGUGGUGGACAGUGUCAAAGGUGGACUUUCUAGCUUCUCCCAGGCGACCCAUUCAGCAGCAGGGGCUGUAGUCUCAAAACCCAGAGAGAUUGCCUCACUAAUUCGGAAUAAAUUUGGCAGUGCAGACAAUAUCCCUAACCUGAAGGACUCUUUAGAGGAAGGGCAAGUGGAUGAUGGGGGAAAGGGUUUGGGGGUGAUUUCAAACUUUCAGUCAAGCCCAAAAUAUGGUAGUGAGGAAGAUUGUUCUAGUGCCACUUCAGGCUCAGUGGGAGCCAACAGCACCACUGGAGGCAUUGCUGUAGGAGCGUCCAGCUCCAAAACAAACACCCUGGACAUGCAGAGCUCAGGAUUUGAUGCACUACUACAUGAGAUCCAGGAGAUCCGGGAAACACAGGCCAGACUAGAGGAAUCCUUUGAGACUCUCAAGGAGCAUUAUCAGAGAGACUAUUCAUUAAUAAUGCAGGCCUUACAAGAGGAGCGAUAUAGAUGUGAACGAUUAGAAGAGCAACUAAAUGACCUAACGGAACUCCAUCAGAAUGAAAUCUUAAACUUGAAGCAGGAGUUGGCCAGCAUGGAAGAGAAAAUUGCAUAUCAGUCCUAUGAACGGGCCCGGGACAUCCAGGAGGCCCUGGAGGCGUGCCAGACCCGCAUCUCCAAGAUGGAGCUGCAGCAGCAGCAGCAGCAGGUGGUACAGCUGGAAGGGCUGGAGAAUGCGACUGCUCGGAACCUUCUGGGCAAACUCAUCAACAUCCUUCUGGCAGUCAUGGCGGUCCUUUUGGUCUUUGUCUCCACGGUAGCCAACUGCGUGGUUCCUCUCAUGAAAACUCGGCAACAGGACGUUCAGCACUUUAUUCCUUGUGGUUUUCAUUGCCUUUCUCUGGAAGCACUGGGAUGCCCUCUUCAGCUAUGUGGAACGGUUCUUCUCCUCCCCCAGAUGAUGCUGGCACAAGAAGGCAGUACUCCCCUACCCUCUGGCGAGUGCAUGCAGCGAAGAAUUAGAUAGCAACUUACCUACUCUGAAGUUUUCUACAACAACAAAAGAGUUGAGUGAAUCUGUUUACAUUUAGAAUAAUGUUUUUUUCUUCAAGAGACGCAAUUGCAAUAGUAUUUUUUAGAUUUUAUCCAAGAAGUUUUUUGGGCAAAAAUCUUGGAUCAUUUUUAUGUAGCAUGAUUUUCCUUGGGAUGCAAAUCUUAAACAGUCCUUUACUAUGAACCAACAAUCUGGAGCACACUGAAGGGCAUUCUAAAUUGUGGCUUGAAGGACUGCACUAAAACCCACUAAAAAGAUGCAAAAACCUGAUUAGGGGAAACCAGUUAAACCUAACACCCUGCCUCGUCUGGGCUCACCACCUCUCCCCCUCCCAGACUAACUUUACUGUGAAAUCCUGCCACAUUCCAUGUCUGAAUUUUUGGAUUCAGGGUGGAUUGUCCUUGUCCGUGGAAGAACACAUGGAUGUCUCCCUGGCUUUCUCACCCAAGUUGGCCACUCAUGCUAACCCCGGAAGUAUGAUCACUUUUGAACCUGGUCCCUUAACCUUUGCUAGGAUACAAAAGUGAGAGCAUCAUGCCCCCAAAGGAUCACUGCAAAGCCCUACUACAGUAUUUUGAAGUAGCCCUCUAAAUACUUAAUUUGAAGCAAAAUCCCUUGGCCGCACUUUUAAGGUUUUUUUAAAUAUGUGUAUAGUCACCAACUUAAAAAAACAAAAAAUCUGAACAGCAUACUUGAAGAAUGUAAUACUCAAACUCUCAGUGCUUCCUUAUGGUUUCUAAUAGGAUUUUUUAUUAUUGUUGUUAUUAUUAUUAUUGGGUUUUUUUGGAAAGGGUUGGGAGGGUCUUUUAUUUUUCCUUUGAAAUAAAGAAGUGAUGUUUUUAA